GAUAUCUGUUCAAUGAAAAAUGAUACUGGACCAUGUAAGGCUUAUAUGCCACGCUGGUUUUUUAACAGUCAAACCAAACAGUGCGAGGAGUUUAUAUAUGGUGGUUGUUCUGGAAACAAUAAUAACUUCAUGACCAGAGAGGACUGUUGUAAUUCUUGUAGUGCAGGU